UGAAGCUGAUCGAUUAUUUUUUAAGUACGAUUUAUAGACGGGCAGCCAUGACCGAAGAAGCAUGGGACUUCAGCUGGAUGGCGGUGGCCGUGCAGAGCCUGGAGACGUACGAGGCUGCACUUGAAACCGCGGAGGUGCGUGUGUGCAUGCGUCACUACAACUAUAGAUUCUAAAUGGCUGCUGUAUUUAGUUCCCGAGCUUGGUAUUGGCGGCGCUGGACGAACUCCUACAGGCCCCGGAGGUCAAUGCUUUGCAGCUGCAAGAGCUAACCGACGUUUUGCUGCAGAUGACCGUGUUCCCCAUAGACUUGGACCUUCCCCAUGACACGGUAACAACGCUGCAUUCAACUCGAGACUGGGCCAUUCAGACACUGUUGGACAUUCAAGUGGCUCAGUCUGGGGAUAUAAAGGGCGACACACUGCAGCCUCCAGCCAUGUCCAAGUCAUUACAGCAGAUGCAGAAUAAACUGUUCGUGUCGGCGCCUUGUAGACAGUCAGACGUACAGAUGGAGCUGCAUCAAUCACUACUUACUGCAGUGCAGACGGAGGAGGAGAAAGAUAUACUCUCUGAUGUACUGGAGUUGUGCUCUACGAGUCUGGAGAAUGACGAACAGUUCCUGCAGUUCACAGAGGCUGCGUUGUCAGGAAGGACGGAGGCGUUAUCUUUUGGCAGUGCCUUCCUCCAGCGACUAUUUGAUCGGCGGUCCGUGCAAUUGCAGGGAUGUGGACGGCGUCUGUUUGAUGCUUUGACACUGGGGAGCAAAAUUCGCGUGUGGGCGAAUCACCUUCCGAGUUGGCGCUCGCACUUGCAAACGUGGAUGCUUGAUGCUCACCGAGAGCCAUUCAAACCAAUCAACGCUGUGUUGCCUGACGGUUGGUGGCUUCAAGACGUCUCAAGUGAUUCUCAGUCUGAUGAUAUUACUGUGGUGGCAGCGUGUCGUCGAUAUUCGUAUUUGUAUGUUACGUUCAUUGAGUGGUGUCGACGUCAUGUAGAUCUGCUCUCAUCCUGUCGCAGUAUGGAGGUGGUGAGUAUGAUAUCAACAAGCACAAGGCAAGGAAAAAAUGCUGCGCGUCUAUUUAACCGCCAAUUGCUAAGUCAAAUACCGCUAGGAGACGUUUGGUCCCAGUGCCAGCGAGAGCGAGUAUUCGUCACGUUGAGCAGCACUCUCAAACGCCUUCAGACAACACGCAGCGCUUCAGAUAUUGUAUGGCAGUAUGAAUGGAUUGGAAUACUAGAGCGGCCUCGGUUACUUCACGAAGCACUGGAGACAACAUUCAGUGAAGUGGGAGCCAGUGAUGAAGAUGACAAGGAUCUGUCCGUAGCGCGUUGUGCUGCUCGGAUUUUUGGCUGGUUUUACUCGUUUUCUAGCACCGAAUCGGCUGGUGAGAUUGCCGAAUUGCUCACAACGAUAUCGUCGGAAUUAAACGUGCCAGAUAUUCAUAGUGGGGCGCAGUGGCUUAGACGAAGUCGCGCCGACUUCGGGACACUUCCUAUCUUGCGCCUCCGUGUUGUUUGGUUUUGGCUGCUGAAAAGUAUCGACGUCGAAGUGCAAACUCCAUCGUCUGUAAGUGAGAAUUACGCUGCGUCAGCCACGACUGACGUUCUUGAGUCCGUCGAGUAUAUUUUCCGACGAUUCACCCCACCCAGGGCGAAGAGGCCUUUUCAAGUGGAGCUGGUGACCCAACUCGUCGUUGAGCUGGAGUGGCGCUUGACGAACAUUAACGUGAACACGAAAGAAAUGUUUCUGAAAAAGAUGGCGCCGCUGUGUGCGUGGCUUACGAAGAUCGUGCGGUUGAUGCAGCUCGAGGAGCAGAGUGCGCAUCAGAAAGGCACUAAAAAUCGCUACGGCAACCGCAGAAGUCCUGCAAGUGACGUGCAACAUUUAAUCGAACGACUCGAACAGUUUUCGCGCUGAAAUGAAGUUUUACUUUUGAUUCGCCUCUGUUUUAACGUCGAAAAGCCUUGCCAACAUGGUUUUACUGUUGCAAGACGCCGUCCGACUUCUGGAUCUUGAGCG